UGCAAAACUUAGGGAGGUCAGUUCGUUCAUGUUGAAAUAGGGGAAAGAAAAUACCCAUUUAUUUCUCUCUCAUUCUUGUUGCCAUUUGAGGGAAGUUGGAGAUCUGUGAGAAUUCUCCCGAUCUCCCUCUUUCCUCUGGCAAUCAAUUCCCUUCUCUUAUUUCUUCCGUUUACCAUACUCAGUUCUUUAAUCUCUCAUUUUUACCAAUCUUGAAUUGGCCCAAGAUUCUUUUUUUUGUGGGUGUUUCUUGAAAUUUGAAUCAAGAACAGGAAAACCCAUAUCGUGUUUUCUAUAAUUUUGGAGAAAAAGAGGGAAUAUUUUUUUGUGGGAAUUUGUUGAAAAAUUGGAAAAAAUGGGUAUUUCUCAUAGAAUAAUGCCAGCCUGUGAUCAACUUUGUGUGUGUUGUCCGGCAAUGCGGACAAGGUCCCGCCAACCUGUUAAGCGUUAUAAGAAGUUGAUCUCUGAUAGCUUUCCUCGAUCUCCGGAUGGAGAACCUAAUGAUCGUAUGAUCAACAAAUUGUGUGAAUAUGCUUCGAAAAAUCCACUUCGUAUACCGAAGAUAACAAGUGUUCUUGAGCAAAGGUGCUACCGGGAACUAAGAAACGAGAAUAUUGGGUCUGUAAAGGUAGUCAUGUGUAUCUACCGGAAGUUGCUUACAUCCUGUAAGCAACAAAUGCCACUAUUUGCUGGCAGCUUUCUCAGUAUAAUACACAUUUUGCUGGAUCAGACGAGGCACGAUGAAAUGCGCAUAGUUGGAUGCCAAGCUCUUUUUGACUUCAUAAUUAACCAGAGGGAUUCUACAUAUAUGUUUAAUUUUGAAGGCCUGAUUCCUAAAAUCUGUCUUCUUGCUCAAGAGAUGGGUGAGGAUGAAAGAGUGCUUAAAUUGCGCUGCGCUGGUCUUCAAGCCCUGUCUGCUAUGGUAAACUGCCAAAUAAAUUUCCUGUUGAGUUCCUUAUGCUCUUUCUGA